GCACUUGGCCCCUCCGAGUGCUGCGUCGAGAAUGUUCACAGCGUCGCUUCCGAGCUCAGCGCGCUGACGCCCAUCGCUCUACGGACACCUGGGCAAAGCUUGUUCGGUGCUCGAGCUGACGAUUGCCAAACUCCCCCAGGGGCGGUCGCCACGCCGAUGGAGCUGGAGAAGGCCGCGACGCGCAACUCCGCCGGGAGAGGCUCGCCUUCAGCCAAGGGCAAUAGCGGCGGAUGGGACCUGCAUGUCCAGGUCGAUGACGUCCCAGAUCAUGCGCCAGUCACCGCAGACGUAGAGACAGUGGCUAUUUUCGAGGCCCCUGACACGCCUUGA